AUGACUACUGAGACAAGCGGCGAGGCCCCGUGUCUCGAGAGACUUCAUCAAGAGGCUUUGAAUUCGUUAGAUACAUUUCCCAACAAGAUCAUCGAACUAAAUGAUUUCGUCCACGAGUAUAUGCCAGACUCUGUUAGAAACAGCAAAUAUAAUGACGUUACUCCUUCCGAUCGGAAGGCCAAGUGUCAAUCUACACUUUCCACUACAAAGAAUUAUGACCUGACCAGCAUCUCCGAUUUGGGCGUUUCAAGUUACUACUCUCUAUCGGUGUGUGAUCACAGUCGAUCGCGACACGGAAUUUGCAAGAGAAGAUACUAUCGAUCGCGUGGCAUAACUGGUUGCAAUAUACGUCGAAGACCGGGACCGCUUGGACAACUUUUAGCAUUUAUAGUUAGCAGCUUGGCUACGUGCACGAAGAAAAUGGUCAUUGCUCCUUCUCAGUAUAUUGUGGAUAACGUAAUCUCGUCGUUGUUUCAAAGGCGAGAACUGAAAAAUGCCCAGUGCGGACCUUCGCCGAAUUGGAACAGCUCCCUCUCCACUUACGUGACUACUGUAAAGAAAGAUAAUACGCGCAUCGGGAAGCUCAUCGAUAUCAUGAGACCCGCUGUAGUGAAACUCAUCAAUGACACUACGACCUUGAAACGCUGGCUUCAAGCAGUCGCUUUAACCACCGCGUCGCCUCCGAUCGAACUAACGAAUGCAACUCGUAACACUGAAACCAUCGACUGUUGGGCUUACGAGCUGUUCUUUCAUCUCAAGUACCUUCAAGUGAAUCGCGCACGACGGACCACCGACAAAGUAAUAGCCGAUGCGGAGUCGAAACCUAGCGACGUGAUUCAUGCUAACUUAUGGCAUCGUUUAGUUCAACUUCGUGAUAAUUACAUUAUCCUGUACGAAAUGUUACAGAACUACGAUAAAAUUCGUGAUCUCGAGUCAUAG